GUGGUUGUCUUUGAAAGAAAGCACUACUGUUCCACACUUGUCAACCAAAACUGUGAAUGCCGCGGCUGACCACGCAACUGCAAGCUUAACUAAUACAUAAUUUGGACCUGUAAAAGUUCAACCUAUCCUUGACUCACAGAAACCGCGUCCAUUCCCUGUUAGUCAGACGCGCAAAAUCGCGAGAAGGGCGACUCGGCCAGUUGACGCGGUGACCCGUUUACUCCUCGCCAUCUCAAUCUCCAUCAAUCUCAGACGACUGCGAUAGACCACAUAAAUCCUAGGGCGCCCGAAGUUUCGUGUGUGCCACACCGCCGCGAGCAAAACAGUUCGCGCGCUUUGACUGGUCACCUCCCGACUAAACGCGCCUAACUUGUUAGCGCUGCAAGCGGUUACAAUGGCUCACGCUCAUCAUACUAUGGACGUUGAGUCGCUGUCCAGCUCGGAGGGCAAGGCGAAGGCGCAGCUCGCGAUGAUGACGGCGCCAGUGGUGAAGGAUGAGUGGGUCCGUGGCGACCCGGGACCUUUCGGCCUGCUGUGCUUCGGCAUGACCACUUGCAUGCUCAUGUUCAUCACUACCGAGUGGACCACCAAGGGCUUCCUGCCCACCGUUUUCUGCUAUGCGAUGUUCUACGGUGGCCUGGGCCAGUUCGUCGCUGGCGUUCUUGAGUUGAUCAAGGGCAACACCUUUGGCGGCACUGCCUUUGCUUCCUACGGCGCCUUCUGGAUGGGCUGGUUCCUGCUCGAGUACCUGACCUGGACCGACAAGGCCCUGUACGCCGGCGUCCAGAGCGGCAAGUCCCUGUGGUGCGGUCUGUGGGCCGUCCUGACCUUCGGCUUCUUCAUCGUGACCUGCCGCAAGAACGGCUGCUUGAUGACCAUCUUCAGCACCCUGGUCAUCACCUUCGCGCUGCUGUCCGGCGGCGUGUGGGACCCCCGCUGCGAGCAGGCCGCCGGCUACUUUGGCUUCUUCUGCGGCUCCAGCGCCAUCUACGCCGCCUUUGUGUUCCUGUACAAGAUUGAGCUGGGCAUCUCCCUGCCCGGCGUGCGCCCCGUCGCCUACAUCUAAAAGCGCGGUACGGCACAUUCGCUCGACCGUAACGCGUGCUGCAUGGUUGCACUACCGCUGCAUGCGGUAGAUGUAUGAUCAAGUGGGCAGUGCGUUGUAGCAUGCGCACGCCUUCACAGUUGGCUGUGUGACUCGCGAGCUUCGUUAAACUCGGUGGUGACAGGUGGUGACCUUGGGCAAUUGCGAUCAGAAUUGUGGCGGAGGCAAUGCUCGAGACGGCGUGAGUGGCAUUUGGCCAUUGCGAUGUGCAGCGGUAUACCGACAAAAGUUUGUUGGAACGAAGAACAAUGUUAUGUGGGUCGUGGAAUGUUUCGAGGGGCUGCAGUAGGUGAUAAUGCCGGCUGGGGUUUGGGCCUGUGCCUGGGCAGCAGGUGAGAUGUACAACGCAUGACGUUGAGCCAGCAGUUUUCAGGCCGCGCCGGCACGUGGGUGCUGCCAGCGGGUAUCAGUUUUGGCAUAUGUACGGCAUGAGUUAUCAGGCCGCACAAUGCGCAAUGCCCGUGCUCUACUUCAGUUGGUGGUUGUUUGAUGGGGAUGGCUGACUGCGUUGGAACACAUGUAUGGGCUGUGGAACAUACGGGCAUUUAAGGAACAAGCCAUAAGACCACUUCACGGUUCGCUUGUUUCUUUAUUUUGUUCCUAGGGGCAAGGUGACUGCUGGUCACUUGCUCGGUUGGGGCUCUGAGGCCCUCCGUGAAAAGUGGUUUGUGCGUGGCGACUCAGAGUGUGUACGGUUUUAUGACUGGGUGGGGGACACAGGACGGAUAACAUUACGGCACAUGACCACAUGUGUGUAUGGAUGGGUGUGUUGGGGGCACCGUCGCAGGUAGAUAGCUAGUCAUGUAGCACCGGCGCAGCAGAUGUGGAGCCGCGGAAUUGUGAGUUCCUGCGGCCUGACUGCCGUCGUGCCCGUGAUGUGUAUGUGCGGACAUGCACACACCUAGGCAGGCUUGCUUACAGAGUAGCCGAUAUUUGUAGCAGGACAAAUGCACCUGCUACGUACUGCAGCUUAUCUUGAAAUACAUCAUGCGCA